AUGCCAGCUCACGCCCAGAUCCAUACUACCAUCACCACCCUCCCCACCGGCCCCCCUCUCGUCAUCGCAAUCAUAGCCGGAACCUCAGGCAUAGGAUCCUACAUUGCCAAAGCAUUUGCUUCCGUCUACCGCAAUUCAGGAACCAAACUCCGCGUCUAUGUUGUUGGCCGCAACACCUCGCGCGCAGAAGCCCUACUCGCACAUGUGCGCUCCACGAGCCCAGGUUCAGAAUGGCGGUUCAUAAAAGCGCAGGAUCUGGCGCUGAUGAGUGAUGUCGAUGCCGUGUGUGCGCAGAUCAAGCGAUACGAGGAGGAAGAACCGUUCGAGGGAGGAGGAGGUCCGAGGAUAGAUAUGCUAUACAUGGGUCAAGCAAUUUUCCCACUUGCACCGUCAAUCGUGAGUUUUCAUUCUCUUCUUCACUAUUCGAUGACGGGGGAGUAUAACACAUGGUCGGACGAGAGUUUUUCUCAUACUAACAUCAACCACCAAUCUUCCAGCAACAAAGAAGGCCUAGACACCCAAAUGUCUCUGUUAUACUACUCGCGUAUUCGCUUCAUCCUCAAACUAACCCCACUGCUCCUCUGCUCUCAAAACCCAUCGGGCGCCCACGUUAUAUCUGUCUUCGCAGGGACAAUGGAAGACCCUAUCGAUGCGAAAAACCUCCCUAUCGGCCCACCACCGCCCGAGAAAUACGGUGUCACAUCGGUCCGCACGCACGUCUCUUUUAUGAAGACCCAUUUUUUCGAGGCCCUGGCUGAACAACACGCUGGCAACAUCUCUUUUAUUCAUGUUUUCCCUGGCCUGGUUGAUGGCCCGACUUUCUAUAAUGAUGCAAAUCCACUGUGGUUCCGUGUCUUGUGGCGCGUAGCCAAGGUGAUGAUGAGCUGGUAUAUGACGAGUCCCCAAGUCUGUGGCGAGGUCAUGGUGCUUUUGGGAACGGGGAGGUAUCCUGCCAAAGGGGUUGCUGUGGGGGGAGGUGAUGUGGCAUUCAGUAGUACGAGGGAAAGAGGAGGCGGUGCCUAUGCUGUUGAUCAGAGAGGUGACGAGAAAAAGCAAGUUAGUUAUGCGAAGCUGAGGCAAAGUGAUACAAGGGAUCGAGUUUGGAAACAUACCAUGGGUGUGUUGAAUGGUAUUCAAGAAAUGACGGGGUAG